CAGGAAUAGUCAUCCUUCUCCCGGCCUUAUAUGUGCAGAGGGCUUCUCGGUGCUCCUCUGCUGGGAUAACACAGCCAAACCACUCAACACAGACCGCUGACACGCUGCCGUACCGUCUGCCCAGGCCAUCCUCCAGUCAGUACGACCACUACCUGCUCAGCAUGCACAUCACACAGCUUAACCGUGAAUGCUUACUCCACCUCUUCUCCUUCCUGGACAAGGAUAGUCGCCUGAGCUUGUCGCUGACGUGUCUCCACCUCAGAGAUGUCUUUCUGGAACCAGGCCUGUGGCCCUUGCUGCGUUUCCACUCGCCGGGUGAGCUGAAUAAGUGUAACUUUUUGUUGGGGGCCUCACUGCGCUACCUGUCCAUAUGCUGGUACUCCAGCAGGGUCAAGGUCUGCAACAUCGAAGACUGGAUGAAGACCACUUUUCAGAAGGACAUCUGCAGCAGACAUGAGGGGCUGGUCAGUGCAUUCCUGGCUCGCGUAUGCAAAACGUGUCCAAACCUGACCUCUCUGACACUGGCAGGUUGUGGUCACAUCACAGACGACGAUGUGGUUGGCGUCCUACGGAGCUGCGCAGCCCUGCGCCGUCUGCGCCUGGAGAACUGCGUGCGCAUCACCGACACUCUGCUGCAUGGCAUCGUCACCUACGGCUCUGCCCUGAGGACCGUACAGAUCGACUUCUGUCGUAACGUGACCCAGGCAGGGUUACAGGUGGUGGCGUCACAGCGGCCUGCGAUCCAGCUGAGCGCCGAUAGAAGUGCAGGGAUGAUACCCGACUGUCUUCCUCAGGAUAGCCCUCGGGACAGGCGACUGAGGCUCAGCCAGCUCCGGGAAGCUCCCAGGACAGUCAGAGGAACUCUCAGAGGGACAGGCAGCGGGACAGUGUGAAGGACAGUCCGAGUCAUAGACAACAGGCUACAAAUUCAGUGGCACAGUGAGGGGGACAGAGCAGAGGGACAGUACUAAGGACAGACACUGGGACAAUGAGAAGUAAAGGCACUUUGAAUGGGGAACCUUGAAAAUAUCCAUGACAGACAAAACUAAUACAUACGCAGUGGGACAGGCACUAGGACAAGGGGAAGGAUAGGUAGGGGGACAGUGAGAGGGACGGACAGGAAAUGAGAUAACCGCAGUGCCAUAGGACACGGAGGAACACAAAGUCAACAAGCUGGAAUAUGGCCGAUAGUGAGAAUUAUCCGUUUAUGUUUGUGUGAAGCAUAUUUUUGGGGACCAUGAAGAAAGAAAGCAAAUUGAUUAGAAAAUGGAUAAUGUUGUCAAUAUACAGUUAUAAUUAAUUGCCAUAUUUUUACAUAUUACUUCAGUUCUUUUUAUUACUUUUGUAUUUUAAAUUGAAUUCCAGGUUUGUUUUUCAGCUGUAGUAUUACGUUGUGUUUAACUUUUUAUAACAUAUAAUUUUUUAAAUAAAUAUUGAAAGCCUUCCACAAGCAGGUAUAGGAAAUUGAUGGAUGGAUGGAUGGAUGGAUGGAAGGACAGAAUAUGUCUUUUUCAUGUUAUUAUUUUAUCUGUGCCAUUAAUCUCAUUGUUUUUGUCUGGAGAUACAUUUGUUUAUUGACCUCUUGUUGCCCAAUUAUGGAAGUAAUGUGUUAGGUUGUGUUGAGUCCUAAUUUAACUGGGUGCAGUGGGCAGGACACUGUCCAGACGUAAUUCCAGUAAAAACUAUGGGCACUAUCUGUUGGGUUUUACAGUGAGAAGUGAUGCAACUCCAGUAAAAACUGGGGCACUGUCUAUCAGGCUUUACUGUGAGCAGUGAUGUAACUCCAGUAAAAACUGGGGCACUGUCUAGCUGGCUUUAGAGUAAGUAGUCAUGUAAUAUCGAUAAAAGCUAGGGUACUAUCUGGUCGGUUUUACAGUGAGCAGUGAUGUAAUUCCAGUAAAAGCUGGGGCUCUGCCUAACUGGCUUUAAAACCUGGAGUUCUCUGAGGGUGCCAGACAGACCUGUGAAUAGACACACUUCAUGCAAGAGAGCAGCAAGUUUGAAAAUAGCUGGGAUGAGGUCUACUUUGCCAAUUUUGGCUGCUUGUGCAAGCAGGGGUUCUCCAGUGUUUGGGCCUGCAUGACAUUCCUGCUUCCCAAAGCAAGGUCUGAUCUUAACUGUGCCUGUUCCUUCAGAGACGCUCUUCAUUAGGCUUCAUUAUCAGCUUUCAGUAGAUACAUAUGUGAAGUUUCUGAUCUGCAAGGGAAAUAAUAAGAUAUUAUAGUUCUGAAUAACUGGUAGUAACAUAGGAUAGAUAGAUAGAUAGAUAGAUAGAUAGAUAGAUAGAUAGAUAGAUAGAUAGAUAGAUAGAUAGAUAGAUAGAUAUUUGAAAUUCCAUAAUCAAUUCAAAUUACACUUGAAACAUUUGAGUCAAAUUCCCUGUUCUAAGCUGAAUAUGUAAAAGUCCAGAUAGAAUAACCAGUAGAACAUGCUUAGCUACCAUUGGCACUAUUUGUGAAUGAAAAUGCACUUAUUAAUUAUAUCAAUUUUUUAAAUGAUUUUGGAAAUUGUCUACUCACAGUUUAAAGCCUUCCAUGCAAGACAAUGUAUACCAAUCACAUAGAUACAGCUAUUGGUCUUUGCCAAUGUAUACCAUUCUCAUUGAUACAGCUAUUAGUUUUGUCAGUGUAUACCAAUCACAUAGAUACAGCUAUUGGUCUUUGCCAGUGUAUACCAAUCACAUAGAUACAGCUAUUGGUCUUUGCUAGUGUAUACUAAUCACAUAGAUAAAGCUAUUGGUCUUUGCCAGUGAAUACCAAUCACAUAGAUAUAGCUUUUGGUCUUUGUCAGUGUAUACCAAUCACAUAGAUAUAGCAUUUGGUCUUUGUCAGUGUAUACCAAUCACAUAGAUACAGCUAUUAGUCUUUGCCAGUGUAUACUAAUCACAUAGAUACGACUUUUGGUCUUUGUCAGUGUAUACCAAUCACAUAGAUAUAGCUUUUGGUCUUUGUCAGUGUAUACCAAUCACAUAGAUACAGCUUUUGGUCUUUGCCAGUAUAUACCAAUCACAUAGAUACAGCUUUUGGUCUUUGCCAGUAUAUACCAAUCACAUAGAUAUAGCUUUUGGUCUUUGUCAGUGUAUACCAAUCACAUAGAUACAGCUUUUGUUCUUUUUACUGAAAUAAAUACCAUUGUACAGAAACUGUAUUGGAGGGGUUCCUGCCGUGGGCCUCUAUCCAUUUAGGGUCAGUUUCUAGUAAAAAAACAUUAAGAAGUGCAGUUACAGUCAAAGCACCUGUAAUGUUUAUCCAAAGCCAGGUGUAAACUUUUAUUAGUCUGUACAUUUUAAUGUGCCAAUUAAUGUUAACCCUAACCUGACUACUCCUGUUACGGCCACACUGUGUCUUUCUCAUGGUAAACUUACUAAGUAUGUAAACUAGAGAUCAACUAGAUACCCUUUGACCCAGUUUCAGUUCAAAUUCCAUUCUUUAAAAAGUCACAUAAUGAACAAAGCCACCAGUUCCGCAGAUUUCAAAACUCAAUUGCUUAAUUUGGAGAUGCCGAUUCUGCUGCAACAGCUUUAAACUUAAAGUUUAAAGUUGCAAUUAAUCAGUAUUCAAUGGAGUUAGAAUUGCAGUCUGUACAUUUGGUUAAAAUGCGCAGAUAUGACAUUGCAGUUACACUGACAUGAUUUAUUUGUGGGCGUUGAUCUGAAACUCGUUGUUAUGGCAUCUCACACACUCAUUCCUCAUUAUAAAAGUUCAAAGGCCAUGGAAGCUCCUGCCCAAACUCAUAGCUGGUGAUUGACAGGCAAGAUUCACGUUUGAUCUUAUUUCCUGACCCUGUUUCUGUGGAUUAUAUUUAAGCAACGUGAGUAAUGCAUGGCUGUCUUUGUGCACCAACACAGCAGUUGCAUAGUGUG